UGGGUUAUCUGACGUGGACUAAUCUUACUGGCUGAAAACAUCCACCGUACGAAAUGCGCGCCCAGGAUCUUUUGGUGGUUCAGUUCAUUUCAGGGGAUCCAUAAAUGAUAGGAUAAUUCAAAAGAUAUACACUGCCAAAACCUCAUCUCCGACUCAUGACUCUCUGAGAAAAGAACCAUGGCGAGAACUCUGAUUUCGUUACAGCCGUUCGUUGGAUCUCGGCUUCCAUCAUCAACAAUCUCUCGCCAUGGUGGCCUCUACACUUUCCCUCACCGUAGACUGGCUUCCACUAGAGUCCGUCUCAGCUUCAACGAAAUCCCUCCAAUUCCCUCCCUCUACUCGUCCGUCGAUUUCCAAGCACUUUUUACCAAAGCCGAGAGCCUUCUAUACACUCUCGCGGAUGCUGCUGUUGUGGCCGAUCCGGCCACCGCAGCCGCCGGGUCCACCGACGCUUUUGCGCAAAAAAAUGGCGGCUGGUUCGGCUUCAUUUCCGAAUCAAUGGAAUUCGUUCUCAAGGUGUUGAAAGACGGAUUAUCAGUGUUACGUGUGCCCUACGCCUAUGGAUUUGCGAUUAUAUUGCUUACUAUUAUAGUUAAGAUUGCUACAUUUCCUUUGACAAAGCAGCAGGUGGAAUCAACACUAGCUAUGCAAAAUCUUCAACCAAAAAUACAAGCUAUCCAACAAAGAUAUGCGGGCAAUCAGGAAAGAAUACAACUAGAAACAUCUCGCUUGUAUAGGCAGGCCGGGGUUAAUCCUUUGGCAGGUUGCUUCCCUACUUUAGCCACUAUUCCAGUCUGGAUAGGCCUGUAUCAAGCUCUUUCAAAUGUGGCAAAUGAGGGACUGUUUACAGAAGGUUUCUUUUGGAUCCCUUCUUUGGGUGGGCCAACUACAAUUGCUGCUCGACAAAGUGGGUCUGGAAUUUCUUGGCUUAUUCCAUUUGUGGAUGGCCAUCCACCGUUGGGUUGGCUUGACACUGCUGCAUACCUUGUUUUACCUGUACUUCUUGUUGUCUCUCAAUAUGUUUCAAUGGAGCUCAUGAAACCUCCCCAGACAGAUGAUCCAGCCCAAAAGAACACACUUCUUGUAUUCAAGUUUCUUCCACUUAUGAUUGGUUACUUUUCAUUAUCUGUUCCUUCAGGAUUAUCAAUUUACUGGUUUACGAACAACAUUCUUAGCACCGCACAACAAGUGUGGUUACGCAAAUUAGGUGGUGCAAAACCUAUUGUUGAUGAGACUGCAAGUGGAAUUAUUACUGCAGGACGUGCAAAACGAUCGGCUGCUCAGCCAGCACAGUCCGGGGAUAGGUUCAGACAGUUAAAAGAAGAAGAGAAGAAGAAGAAGGUAAGCAAGGCUCUGCCAACAGAAGAGGUUCAGCCUCUAUAUCCUGCAUCAGAUUCUGAUGUGGAAUCAGAUGAAGAGAAAAAGGGCAAGGGUGAUGAGGCUCUCGAAGAAGCAUAUGCUUCCAGUGCAAGCAAACAGGUACCUAAUAUUUCUCAGCCAAGACGAAGCAAGAGAUCUAAGCGGAAGCGUGCUGUAUAAGAGGAUUGUAUACUGAAUUGUUGUAUUUACAGAAUCUUGCAGUGCUUCUUUCUACAAACAUGGGACGGUCUAACAUAGCAUUUGGGGUUUUAUCUUAGCUGCAAUAAGCAUUGUUUUGCAGAACAUUGUAACAUGGAGAUAGGAUGCCUUCUGACUGAAGAAAACCAAACUUACCAUCUGACAGCAAACUGCCCUUUACCAGGUGUAAGCCUGAUCUAAUUCAUCUAAAACUUUAGUGGAAAAUACGAGCAUACAAUAGUACACCAAUACUUGCUUUCUGACAUGAAUCUUAAAAAUAACAUUCAUUUGUGUACAAGAACAAAAGCCUGCAUGAACACAUCUGGCCUCCAGCACAAAUCAUGUUUCCUAAUUCUAUCUCCUAUGUUGUCUGUUGUAUCCACUGACUUAUUGCCUGGAUGGUCGGCGGUGAUGUCCUGCCUGGAUUGGGUCCAGAUGGGGAUUUAUGAAUCUUCUUCAUUUCAACCUGCUUUUCAUCAUUUUAUAGAUGCAAGUCAAUAAAUUAUUUAUACUAGCUAAGAAAAACAGAGUACUUUUAA